CAAUUCUGUAUGGUCAGCGUCCCCGCGCGUCUGGAACACAUCGGCGGCAACCGCUUUGUCCGCGACGGGUAUGGCGGACAGGAAGUGCUGACGUCGAUCGAGGGGCUCACUGCUACGGACCUGGCCGAACUGAAUGAGCUGGUCGGCGAGCGUGAAGACGUCAACGAGUUCUUCGUUCGUCCCCUGGCCAGUUCGCCCAACCCGACCGAAUUAGAGACCCUGCUCAAUUCUCUCUCUGCGCGUCGCGAGAUGGCAUCCAUUCUGUCCGUCUACGAGUGUCGUGACUUGGCUGCACGGGUAUUCGGUAUGACCACCAUCAUGCGGCGUAUGCUCGUCAAGUACCGAUUCAUGCGGCACCAAGUUGAGACGCAGGGAUCCGGUACGGCUGAC